AAGAAAUUACUUAGAGAGUUUAUUGCAGUCUUCACUCAUCGACUAAACGAUUGGUAAACUGAAUUCUAAGAAAUUCAUCACCAGUAGAAUAUAAUUGCCGUUUCGGUGACAAGUUGCAACCGGUAAGAGUAAGAGAUAGGCAAAGUACUUGUUGCCUUGGGAACAUAUUUCCAAUUGUAUAAGCGCAGUGCCGUGCUUGUAAACGAGGCCAUAUUUAUAACUCAGGCGUUUUCUUCUAUUUGAGAAAGAAAAGAAGUUCUUGACUUUAAAACCGGAAAGUAUCACAGGCGAAGAAAAAGGAGAAAAGCAGAAAUAAAUUCGCCACUAUCGAUGCGGACAGGAGCAGCUGUAUUAACGAACGCGAUCUUUACGCAUAAAAUCGAGGACGAAAUUCUCUUUGCUAUGUUCGUGAAGCAGGGGCUAAAAAGGUCCGUUACUUUAGAGGGUUUUUGAAGCCGUCGCAUCAGUAUUAUAAUCAAGCCAAUGGGAGGGUGUUCGUCUGUUGUGUCGCCCGAGGACCCAAACGCUCAGCAAAACGUAAAGGCAAACUGGUGUGUGUGCUGCGGAUCAAGGCAAGAUUCCACAGCUGCUCUGCUGUCCAAAAAAGAAAAAGAUUUGGACUGUGAACGGCCAACAAUUGAAGAGGCUAAGAAGUGGGCGACGUCGUUUGAAACUGUGUUAAAACACAAGUUUGGUCUUCAACUGUUUCAAGAUUUCCUUCGAUCCCAAUAUGGUGAGGAAAAUCUCAGUUUCUGGUUGGCUGUGGAGGAUUACAAGAAAUCGGACGAAAGCACACGAGCAGAAAAAGCACGGCUUAUUUAUGAGGACUAUGUAUCCACUCUCUCGCCCACAGAGAUUAGUCUCGAUGCUAAGGUGCGUGCGGAAAUCGACAAAAGCAUGAGCAAUCCGGACAGAGACACCUUCAAAUGUGCACAAGAUCAUAUAUUUACGCUCAUGUACCACGACUGUUUUCCAAGAUUUAUCAAAUCGAAACAUUACAAACAACUCUUGAAGAAACAUUGACCCAGGCUGGUGCGCACCGUGGACCUCUGUACAAAGUCGGUGAUGAACUAACUCUUCAACUUAGGCAAGGAAAAGCGCAGCCACUAGUUUAUCGAUUGAUGAAAUGUUUACACAAGAAUGGGAUUACAAUCUGGAAAAAACAAAAUGCAAAGUUCUUUCACAUUACCGAUGGUCAUGGAUCUCUCCGAUGCACAGUACCUUGUUUGCACAAAUUUACCUGAUUUCAGUGCUAUCCGGUGAUAAUUUCUUAGCGAGGUUUCCUCUUAUUACGAGGUUGGAGACGUAAUCAGAGUCGUGAAAGCAAUCUUACACGUCAACGGGAGGAAGAAUCAACCAAUUAGAAUGCUAGAUUCCCAAACUGUUAAAUAACAUGUGUUACUUUUCCCUUCCGUUUCUAACAGUGACUCAGAACCUUACGCUUAAGUAUCCGUUAUCGAUUCAAAUCAAUGAUUUCAUUUCUGAGUUUUGUCUAUUCUACCUUCCUUAAUGUUCUUCAGUUUUUUUAAGUCGUAUCGUGAAAAAAGUUCUAAUCCAGAGGGUCAGAAGAAUUAUUACAUGGCAGUGAAUCGGAGACAUUUGAUUUUCACCUCAGUUUGACCAAAGAAAGGAAAACCACUACAUCGCCUUCCUUGUUUGAGAGCACUGAGUUCACAGUUGGUAGGUCUAUACAUGUGAAUAUAAUAUAAUAUAAUGACCCAUCAAGUACCAGCGGAUAAGACAAUGCUGCCAGACACCCGCUCAAUUUGAUGACUGUAGUUGUAGCAAAUUCCUGGUAAACCCAAUGAUAUUCAUAAAGAGAGUAAAUAAUCUAAGUUUCGAUAACGAAAAACGCUUGUGGGCACUUUGUAAACCAGUUUACACAGGCCAACUGCCUGGUUUUUGCUAGUGAAAAACAUUCUCAACACAUUCUUACGUGUAAAACUUGCGCUUUAAAGUUUUGCACCGUUUUGGAUCGAUUUGGUCUUAGAAAUUUCCGGCCCUUUUUUAGAUAAUGUACAAACGAGGUGGAGUGUCACUUUCUUGAAUGCAAUGAAGAAUUUAUGAAAGUUGUCACUGCUAGUGAAUCAGGUAAAACAGUGAAUUUCCAUUAAGUUAGAGAGGUACUUUAACAUUUGAGAAAUGUUUCCUUGGGGACCUAAGAUAUUUUGUAAAUAGCCGAUAUGUUGUAAGAAAAAUUCUGUUUCUUUGAGACAUGUCCUCGCGACAGACUGGGUAUUUAUAUAUAUCUUAUUAACCAAGCGCGAGGGCCGUACUGGGAGAAUAUCGGCCAGAGUUGUUGACAGUACGG